AUGUAUUCGGAAACCACGUUCCCCAACUUCCCAGUCCCCGUGGACCACUCCAUGGAGGCGCUCCCUAUGGACUGUCGGCUGAGACAGAUGUACCCUGACGAUCUCUUUCCGAACGGAGCGUACGCGGCACUCCCUUAUGGGCGUGUGCGGUACUGGCUGAUGGGACCGCAGGAUGGUAUCAAGGUAGUCCUCAUCCACGGCCUCUCGACGCCCGCGAUCACCUGGAAGGACAUCGCUCCGUACCUCGCUGAGCGCGGUUUUCGUCUCCUGGUCUACGACCUGUACGGCAAAGGGUACUCCGAGGCCCCCAAGGUACCCAGCACGACGACGCUCUUCAUCACUCAGCUCGCGUUGCUUAUGCAGUACGUGCACUGGGACUCGGCCAACAUCGUUGGCUUUUCCAUGGGCGGCGGAAUCUGCGCCGCGUUCUGUUCGACGUUCCCAUGGCUCGUCGGGGGCAAGGCUGCCUUCGUCUCGGCCGCUGGCCUUCUUAGCCAUCGCAGCCGCUGCUCCGCUCACAAGGCGCAUCGCCGCUUUCGCGACCUGCAGACCGCAGAGCUUCCGGGCUACGUGCGCAGCCUCAACUCAUGCCGCAAGGUCGGCCCGCUCCGCGCACUCGAGCCGGCGUACGACAAACUUGCCGAGGUCGUGGUCGGUGCCCAGAAGACGAAGCUGGCGGUGCUCGUCGUCCACGGCACGGCCGACGAAGUCGUCCCGCUGGAAGAGGCGGAUAAGAUCAAGAGGCGUGUUCCACAAGCAGAGGUGGUUAAAGUUGAAGGUGCCAUGCACGACAUUGUAGUGAGCGAGGGUCAUUGGCAGCAGCUCGCGCAGGCUCUCGCCCGCUUCUUGGCCUGA